CCGAGGAGAUAAAUACGAUUGUCAGCUUCCCGGCACGGUUCAGUCAAUCGCUUUAACUCGCCGCGAUCGUGAUGUCACGAUGUACAUGACAACAGCCCUAGCGACGCUCCUAGUGCUACAGUGUUGUGAACUGUGCGUGACUAUCAGGGUCCCAGUGAACUGGGACAAUGGUGAUAAUAGUGAAGUGAACGAAAAACAAAAUGAGUUCUCUGUUGAGACUUUCAAGCCCGAAAAUCAACAAACCACACAGCAAAAUCCGAUACCGGUGGAGUAUUUUCAGUAUACAGCCCAGAAACCGCAAUUUGCUAUCGAUAUAGCUAAAUUUCACGGUGUACAGUCACCAGAAAAUCAUUAUAAAGCCUAUCCGAUUAGACCUUACACAGGUCAGGAAAAGCCUAAUUUAGGAAAACAUAGACUACAAGACAAAAAUAGAGAUAUAUAUCGUCCAUUACAAAAAUUCACAAAAGAUGUUGAAAAUUCGCAAAACUAUAUUACACCUAUAAUUUCUGAUUAUGAAGUUUUUCAUCCAUAUAAGGCAGAAGAACCAGCUUUGCAGGAAUUAUACAAGGAUCCAGUGUUUGAUAAAAUCCGGAAUGAUUUGCGAGAUGCAAGCAAAAACAUUGAAAAUUAUGAAAAAACAGAAGAAAAACCAAAUAUAAAAAGUGAAGAAUAUUUAGAAAGUCCAGAUCAAAUUGAUCAGAAAAAAGUUCCACAUAAGAAUGUGCCGGCUCACUUUGAAAUACAUAGACCACAACGACGACCUAUAUACUACAAGCGACUACCAAAAUUUUAUAAUCGAGAUCACAUUUUAAAUCAUAAAUUUAAACAUCCAUGGAAUCAGAAUUAUGUAAAAAUAAGACCAGUGCACUAUAAACCGUUAAAAAAUCAUUUACAAAAAUUAAGACAACAUCAUGCAUUGACAUACGAUGACGAACGUAAUGAAUAUCCACAAGUGCCUAUUAAAGAAGAUCUCACAGAAACACCAGAAGGAUACGAUAUUUAUGAAAAGGGUAAAGCAAAAUACACACAACUUAGAAAUAAUAUCGAUGAGUCUAUAAAUAAAGCGGUGACUGAAAACCGGCCCUUAGUUUCUCAAAAAUUAGAGCUUCAGAACGAAGAUCAGCCUACUGAUGAAGAAGAAGAUGAAUUUGUACCAGUAAAGAAUUACGCUCAGGUAAGAAAAACAGAGACUACAAGACAUUUGCCACGAGAAGCGGCAUAUGAAGAUGCAGACAGUUAUGAAGAAAUACGAAAUGCUCCUCGUUUAAAGGAAGCUGUAAAGACGACAAAAGCACAGACUAUUUAUACAGAGGAAGGUUAUGAAGAUUCAGCAUAUGAUCAUGCUGGUGAACAAAAACAUGCUUCGGAUCAUGAAGGUCAUGGUGGAUACCUAAAAGAACAAGAGAUAAGCGGAGGUAAAUAUAAAAUACCGACUGUCAGUGGUAAUUUUGAUGAUACACAUGGAUCUGCAUAUAGAAAUAAUGAAUUACAUGGACAAAAAUGGAAAAACAGUGAUGAAGAUAAUACAGAAAAUGUCGAUUCUGAAGAUUACUCUGAAAGUGAACAAAAGCAAUCUGCUGAAGCAAAUAUUUAUAAAAAGGAUACUGGAAACAACGAUGAUGGAACUGAAUCUGAUAUUGAAAAUACAAGCGAUAAUCAUGACGUAAAUAAACGAGAAGCAAAUUUUAAAGUUCCAGAAAUAAAUUUAAAUACAACCUAUUUAACUGAAGACGAAAUUCUAGAAAUUUCUAAAGAAAAAAUAAAAUCAGAGAAUGGCUUAAAAUUAAAAUAUCCCUAUUAUUUUAAAAAACUUACAUCUAUUCACAGAGAUUCACCUCUUAGGUAUGCUGAAAAUCUAAAACUGAUACCUAAAAAAUCAGAGGGUGGUACUGAAUUUUAUGACUCUAGGUCACAAUUAAUAUGCCCAGAAGUAGACGAAAAAGUUGAUUCUGUACCAAAAAAACUAAAAAAUAAAGGUCACCCUGAUAGUACCGAAAAUGAAGAGGAAUCUUCAGAAAAGGAAAUUGAUCUUGUUGAAAAACAACCACGUCUUAGUGGGCUAGGAGAUAAAAUAGAUUGUUUUAAAGCCAAAUAUUUUGGCGAAAAUCCAUUAGAUAGUCCAUUCUUUAAGGAAGAAAUUAUAGCAAAUCCAGAACCAGUUACCUUGCCAACUAUUACAAUAUAUAAAAUUAUAGAAACUAAAAAGGAACCCCAAGAAGAGACCAUAACAAGUAAUAUUUUUAAAAGUGUAGAAAAAAAUAAAAACAAAAAUAAUAAAGAUAUUUUUGAUUUAAUAGAUAAAUUAAGAACUAUUGAAGUUCCACUAAAUGAGACACUGAGGAAUGAUAAGGAUCGUUUAAAAUUAUCAUUGAAUUCACCUCAGAAUACUACAAUUAAUGAUAGUCAACUAUUGCAACAAUCAAAUCUUUAUACAGAUAUAAUUGACAAUGUUAAAGACCGUACGCAAAAUCCAAAAUCAUAUGAUAAUAAAAAUAGGAUACCUUUUAAUUUAUUAAAUCACACAUUACAAGAUAUUAACUCUGCCAAUAUAACCUAUAAAUUCUUUCAAAAUAAAGAGGACGUUAUAAAGCCCUCAAAAAUUACAAGGAAAAAAAGAGCAGCACCCUUUAUAUACGAACCUUAUAAAAUAAUAAGAGAUGGGCAAAUUCAAGAAUCUAAAAGGACUACUACUAGUAGUAAUAUCAGUCCACUUAUAAAACAGCUUCAAUCUAGUAAAGUUGUUGAUAAAGUAACAAAUUCAAAUCAAGAGAAAGAUUCUGCUAAACAAAAUGUAGCUAGUCGUAUAUAUAAAGAUAUUGGCAAAAAAGAUAGAGAACAGUCUAAAAACUCAAAAGAAAAUAUCGGGGCCUCUAUACGAUUUGUUGAUGUUAAUGUUGAUAAACGUAGAGGUGAACCUAGGUAUGAAGUAAGGCCUUUAAAUCAUAAACGACAAUACUCUCCAGUUGAAAAUAAAAAAGCCAUGUCUGUAAAAGAUUAUGAAGCACAAACUAAUAGCAAAUAUAAUAAUGGUAACUUACUAUCACGAUCUUUAACACUAAAUCGCAAUAAAUCUCAUUCUACUCAAGUAGAUAUACAAACUCCAGCAGCAUCGAAUACUGUAAAAAAGACUAUUAUAACCACUACUAUUUCUCCUAAGUCAGGAAAGAAUGAUAAUUCAGAAUAUAAAGAUAAUGGAGAGAGUGAAGAAGAAUACGAUGAAUACGAAGAAGAUGAAGAGGAAGAGAAAGUGGAUAUUAUUACUACAACAACUACACCAAAGCCAAUAUUCAGAAGAAAAUCCAAAACAACAACAACAACAACCACGGAAAAAGUAAAGAAAUUAGAAACUGAAACUGAAAGUCCAAAAUUGCGCUUAACAACAAGAUUUCGUAAUCCUCCGGUUAUUGAAAAUAAUAAAUUUAAAAAAGAUGAAAAUUUAGAAGCAAAUAAAUAUAAAGAUAAUGAUAAUACUCCGAAGUAUAGGGAAAAGAAAAAAAAGAGUACAAAAAGUACAAUAGUAACAGACACAAAAAGUUACGGUGAAGAUGAGGACGACAUGAGAGAAGAAGAAGUUGAUGCAUUAAUAGGUGUUAAACAUGAUAUGAAUGAUUAUAUUCCUUUAUAUGAAAAGGAAGAGAGAAGAAAAGAAAAUCAGUCAGUAAGGUCAAGUGAAGAAAGUAGUAGUGAAGAAGAUGAUUAUGAAGAUGAAGACGAUGACAGUGACGGUGAAGAUGAUGAUGAUGACGAUGGCGAAGAUGAGGAAGAGGAAGAGGAGGAAAAUGUCCCAAAAAUAACAACAACAACAUCUGAACCUCUGAAACGUACAUUAAUUAUUACAACUGCUGCUCCUAUAUUAACAACAAAUCCGAUAACAACUGAACUUAAGAGAAAACCUAUAGUUAUGACGAAAAAAAUUGAAAUACACAAAGAGUUACCAGUAAAUACAUCGUCUCCUCACGUAACAAAAUUUAAACAGGAUAUCAAAGAAAUAGAAAUUGUGAAAGAAAUACCUAGAAAUAGUGCUCCAAGAUUAUCACAAAAGAACUCGGAAUUAUUAGAGUUAUAUAAAGACGAGAAUUUGGCAAAAAAUAUAAAUAAAUUAGAUGCUGUUGAAGUAUUUAAAGAAAAUUUGGACCUCAAAAAUAGUCCCAGGCAUGGAGGAAAUUACAAAAGUGCCAAAAUAACAGACAUAAUGGAGGAAACUAGCACUUCUAACAUACUACAUGGGGGUAAUUUAAAAGUCCCUAAAGAAGAUGCUGAGACCUCUCAAAGUGAGUAUAAAAAAUCUAUAGAGUUCGACGAUGACAUUUCAUCUGUAAGAAUGCAUGGAGGUAAUUUAAAGUCUAUCAGUGAUAUAAAAAAUACUAGAAAAAGUAAUAAUAGGAAUGCCAAAUUGAUUGAACUCGCCGAAACAACCGAUUAUAUGUCAAAACCAAGACAUGGUGGUAAUCUAAAGUCAUUAACAGAUAUAGAACGUAGACGUAUUAAUAAAAAAAAUGAAAAAAUAAUUGAGCUAGAUGAUGAUAUUCCUGAAGAUUAUGAUGACAGUUCUUCUGCACAAGGCGAUAACUUUAAAUCUACUAGUCCAAGUCAUGGAAGGGGUUCUAUGCAUGGUGGUAAUUAUAAAAGUGCGAGACUAGUUCAAGCAGAUAAACGAAAACAAGAGUCAGCUUCUGAAAAAUCCAAAACAAACCGAGAUACUCAAAAGGAUGCUAGAGCCAAUGCUGCUGUAUUGUUAAAUAGUUUUGCUAGAGCAGUUCCCAUACUAACAACAACUCCUGUUUAUAUAUUAGACCCUAGUAAACGUAUGUAUUACUACGUCGAUGCGUGAAUAUAAUUAAAUUAUUUCUCUAGAUUUGUUUCACAAGAGCCUUUUUGUAUUUUGAUUGAAACUAAUUAUAGGCUAUGUAAUAAAUAGAAAGUGCCACAAAAUGUGUUUCAUGUUACUUAUAAAAAAUAAAUUGUGAAGA